AUUUGACAUUGACAAUACACUUUCUAACUUCUGACUUGUGCUUGACAUUUUACAAAUCAAAAAUGUAAUUAACCUAAAAUUUUCCAAAUUAUUUUGAAAUGGCAUAUAAUUUAAAAUCCGAAAAUGAAGUAAAAGACUACAUCAAUAAUUUAGGCAUAGAGUACCGAUUCGGAUGCUACAGUGAAAAGAAACCAGAAGUAUGUCACUUGCUAGCAGACUUCCUAGAAUCCAUCAAAAAAGACUACGAAAAAGCCGCGAAAGUCUACAGGAAUAACUGUGAUGAAUACAAAUAUGGAAAAAGUUGCUUAAAAUAUGGAACAUACAGCAUGCUAGGAAGAGGAACGAAAAAGUCUGAUUACAAAACAGCUUAUGAUUAUUUUGAGAAGGGCUGCAACUUGGAAGAACCAGAUUCCUGUCUAAACCAAGGGCUACUUUUGAUUACAAAAAACGAUAAGCCAGAGUUGCAACAUGAUGUGAUAAAGGGCAUGCAGCUUUUAGAAAAAGCAUGUAAGUCAAAAAAUGCAAAUGCUUGUUAUUAUUUAUCAGGAAUGUACAUAGUUGGUGUGAAAAAAGACUCAACUCCAGGCCCAGUAACUGCAAGUGAAGUUUCAAAUAAAGAAGAAUUUCAAGUUCCUAAAGACAUGACAAAGGCAUUUCAGUUUGCUUUAGAAGGUUGUAGCCUUGGAAAUAUGUACAGUUGUGCGAACCUGAGUCAGAUGUAUGCUAAAGGAGAUGGUGUGGAAAAAAAUGAAAAAAUGGCUGAGAAAUACAAAGCUGUGGCUUUGGAGAUGCAAAAGGAGGUACAGAGUAAUAAAACUUUGGGAUUCCAGCAAGGUUUACCUCCAUAGAUAAUUUUUUUUCCAUCAAUGACACAUCUAGGUUUUAUGUGAUUAUUCAAUGAAACAAAUUGUACUAUAUGUAGAUUGACUUUUUUAUUCAAAAAUAAAUUAUUGAAGGUA